UCAGAUUAAGGACAGGAGACAAUCAGUUCCAAAGGAAGACACCAUCUAAUGCCAAAGUUGUCUUUGACCAGAGAACUGAACACAACAGAGGACUUAUUUUCAUCAACUCAGACAGAUGUAUCUCUAAAACACCGUGGAGUUUUUGAGGGGGAAACACAUCAAAGGAGGGCAAGAUGGCCCAGGAUAUGACCGAGAAGGAGCUCCUAAAGAUGGAAAUAGAUCAACUGAAAAAGGAAGUGAAGAACGAAAGACUAAUGGUCUCAAAGACAGCUAAAGAACUCAAGGAUUAUAUAGAAUCCAUGGCUCCCGAAGACCCUUUCUUAAAAGGCAUACCGGAGGACAAGAAUCCAUUCAAAGAGAAGGGAGGUUGUAUAAUAAGCUGACCAAGGCCCCACCCAGAGAAGAUCUUUGUUGCCCUCCGUAUACAAUACCAAGACACUGUGGAUUUUACUUACCUGUCUAGUAUAAUCGAGUCUAAAUGGAUCUUCUGCAGGGGCAAAACAAUAAAUAAAUAAAUUUGGACUGCUAUGCUGGGAAUUGGAAAAGCGGUCUCCAGCAAGAUAAAACAACAAA